CUGCCCUCAGCCAACAUGGCGCCUACCCGCUCCACUUCAGCCACUGCCCUCACCAAACAUGGCGGUUCCCCUUCAGUUUAUAUGCCCGCUUCCUACGCUCAUCCGCGGUGGCUUCAGCGGCUUCACUUCCGUUGACGCAAAGAUGGCGGAAGCGAUUGCGCGUGUUUGAAUUCCAACGAAGCCGCCAAAGCCGCGUACAAAGGAGCCGGAGCUGUGCUGUCCGGGUGGAUGGACUCACUGCCGGGGGACGACCUGACGCUGCCGGUGGAGCUUUAGGGCAGCGUGUCCCAGCUGCCGGACGUCUCCCGCAUGGAUCCCCAGCGCGAUCUGGCCGGCGGCGACGGGCUGCCAGAUGUGGCAGAAGACACAGUCUCACCAACCAGAGCUCGGACCAUGAAGGACUAUGAAAAUCAAAUCACUGAUCUGAAAAAAGAGAACUUCAACCUGAAGCUUCGUAUAUACUUUCUGGAGGAACGAAUGCAGCAGAAGUUUGAUGGUCCCACUGAAGAAAUAUACAAAAUUAACAUUGAGCUGAAAGUUGAGAUUGAAAGUCUGAAGCGUGAUCUGCAGGAGGGAGAGAAGCUGCUUAUCAAAGCCUCUAAGGCAGUUGAAAGCUUGGCCCAGGGUGGUGAUGCUGAAAUGCAGCGUGUAAAAGAAGAGGCACAAAAGAAGGUGCAAGAAAUGGAAGAAAUCCUGACUAGCAGAAUAAACUUGCUGCAAAAGGAUCUUAAAGCUGCCCAAGAAGAUGUGGAAAAAGCUGUUGCAAUGACAGAGAAGGAGAAAGCUCUGAGAAUAGCUGCUGAGCAGAAACUUGCUUCAAUUAUGAAUGCCCCUGCGAAAGACGUGGAUAUGGUUACAGGAGCUGAGAAGGACAGACUUAUAGAGGAACUGAAUCUGUCACUGAGAAGUAAAGAAGCUUUAAUUCAACGCCUGGAAGAGGAAAAGGCUCAGAGUGGAUCUUAUGAUGGGAACUUAUCAGCAGAAAAGAUCAGAGAACUUACCAAUGCUUUGAGGCAUGAAAAAGAUAGUGAGAUAGAGGCUAUUAGAAUGGAGCUUAAGAAUGAGAGAAACUCCUUUGAAAAGAAGAUUCAGUCCCUUCAAGAACAGCUACAAGAGAGAGAAAAUGAGCUUGCUGUUGAAAAGAAGAAUGGUUUGAAGAGGGAUAAAACUAUCCAAGGGCUAACUAUUGCAUUGAAAGUGAAGGAAAAAGAGAAUGAGGAGCUUGGAUCUGAAAUUGAAGUUCUAAAUGCUUCACUGGCUAAGGCAAGAGAGGCCACUCACACAGCACAUAUGCAAAAAUUCAAGGGUGCUGCAGAUUAUCAAGCUCUCUUGAUGGAAAAAGAGACCCUCUUAGCAGAGCUGCGUUCAGAAAACCUUACAAAGGAUGCUGAGAAUCGUAAACUACAAAGGAGGAUUAAAAGGACCGAUCAAGAGCUCAAUGAUUUGAAUUUAGAAAGAGAGAAAAUGGAGAAGGAGCUGGAUGAAGCACAACUACAGAAGAGCAGAAGUGACAAAACCAUUAAUGAUCUUAGAAAUCAACUGGAGAAAUUACACAGUGAAAUGACUGAGAAAGAGCAAGCGCUCGAACAUCAUUACAAUAUUCUUUUGAGUGAAAGUAAUCGGAAGCUGCAGAGCCAAGAACUAGUUAUCAAGCAGCUAACAGACAGCAUCAGUCAAAAGGAUCUACUGCUUCAGAAACUUGAUGGAACAGUUAAAGAAAAGGAUGUGGAAUUGCAGGAGCUCCUGACUAAGUACAAGAACCUUCUGAGAGCCAACGAAGAACUUGAACUGAAAAAUGAGGGCUUAGUAAAGGAAAAAUGUGCUGCACAGUCUCAACAGUCAAUCAUCAAGAUAGUCAGAGAGUUGGAGGAAAAUAAAGAAGCUGAAUAUGAAAAGCUGAUGCUUGCUUUAAGAAAAGAACAAAAUAUUUAUUCUGAGCUAGUGAAGACCUUCAAAGAGUCGGAUAGUAUAAAUAGCCUGCAAACGGAACUGAACAACAUUAUCAUGUUGAGAAAGGAACUAGAAGAAGCUGUUUUAGAUAAUCGGAAUCUCCAGAAGAUCUUAGAAGAUCAGAUUAAGAACAUUAAAACCCGACAAGAUGAAACACUUUCUUUCUGUGGCGAUCAAACAUCUUAUAUGAGUAUCUGUUUAAGAGAGCAAGACCAUUUAUGCCCACAUAUAGACCAUCUGUCUCUCAAAGAACUUAAGGAAAAGGUAUUGAUCUCGUCUAUUAUUUACUAUGAUGUCUUCUGCCUUGGCAGUGUUCAAGGCCAGUGUCCUGAAACAACAGAGGAGCCUGUCAUGCAGACUGAAGGCAGUGACAAUGCCAGGAAGAUGCAGAACAGCCAGUUUUGUGAGAGGGUCAGUCAGGUAUGCCCUCAAGUACCUUCGGAUUUCCCAUGUGAAGUGGAUAAACAGAUAACUCCAUCAGGCUAUUCAGAGAGUUUCUGCACAAACAGACAUUAUAGGAGUCCACAUAAGCUUCAAUUUGAACAUGAUACACCUGGCAAACACUUGGGCAGAAUGGGAAUGAGUGAACAUGACACAGAAGGGGAUUUGCACACAUCUCUGCUAAGAGAAAAGAGAACAUCUGUGCUGGAAAAUACCAGACAAGAACAAAUGAAAAUUGUAAGUGAACUCUUAGAUCAUCUAAACGCAACUGAGGAAGAAUGUUCAAGUGAAGAUAUGGAGAGAAAGGAUGAAAAAGAUCUUAGGCAAAUGAUUAUUCAACUAAAAGCUGAACUUAAACAUUUCAAGCAGGUCAAUAAAUUCUUAAAGCAGCGAGUGGAAUUGAAAUCAGCUUCUGAUGGGAAGGAGAAGCUUUACCCAGAUGCAGUGCUGCAGAUUAAUAAGGAUAUUGAGUUGUUGAAAGCAGAAUUGAAAGAUGCAGUUACACAAACAAUGACUUUGGAGGGUAAUGUCAUGAGAUUCAAACAUGAAGGCGAAAAAGGAGCCUCAGAAGAAAAGUCAAAAUAUUCAAGAUUAAAUGCAGAAAGAGAACAUCAGCAAGAAAAUGUGUGUAAGAAGGGUGAGCAGCAUGAAAGAGUGUUUUCUGCAAGAACAAAUGAAACUGAUUCUGCUUUCCUGCCCAAGAAGUCCCGUCUGCCUGUUCUCUUAAAGUCACACAGACCAUUAGGAAACGUGCCUUUGAACUCCUGUGCGCAGAAGUCAGAUUCAAACCUACAGCCUCAUAGCAUGGCACCCUAUGAAGGUCUGAAAGCCUGUGAAGUGCAACCUGAACAGAUUGAGCCACAAACAAAUGGAGAGGUGAAAGAGUCUGUGAUUGAAAGCCUUCAAGAAGAUCGACAGAAAAGCAGAUCAGUGAGAGACAACUCCUCCCUCAAACUGGUUAAUAGUGAGGUCCAGGCGGAGCUGCAAGGUGUUGAUGCAAAUACAGAAAGCAAGAAUGAAUAUGCAAUGGACAAAAGUCAGCUGAAUUAUCAAGAUAUGCAAAAUCAUCAUAGCAUCAGCAAUGUGAAUAUCCAGCGUUCAUUAAAAGAGAUAAAUGAAGAGUUUUAUUCCACAGAACAUGAGGGCAUUGACUCAGCCUCUGCAUAUUCAGGUUCCAAGUGCCUGCGUUCUCUGAAAUUGAGUGUAACAAGUACAGAUGCACUUGAUGACUGUGCAGUCAUAGAGGAUAUAGAAGAAAUGAAAGAAAGAAUUAAGAAUAUGGAGUCUGAGCUUGAGAAGUACAAAAUGUUUGUGUUUCAUUUACAGACCUCUGACCAGUUCUUAUUGAGUGGUGUUUCCAAUAUAGCUUUAAGUGACGCAGCCUUGCCUGUGGAAGGACAUGUUACACAAGUGCAAGACAGAGCUGUGCAAGGGAUCAAACCGUGUUCUAAUGUCCAUCAGCUGGUGGAUUAUGAGAAUCACCCUGAAAAUAGGAAUUCAGUGUCUUCAAAAGCACCUGAUACUUGGACAGCACAAAACCUUAAGGAACUGCUAGCAGCAAAUGAGGCAGAACUUGAAAAAGAGCAAAUUGCAAAUAUGCAUCUUGAUGAAGUGUAUCAUCUUCAGAACAAACUGAGAGAAACAUCACCAUCCAACUAUGAUUCAUUAGUUCAUUCCCAACCUCGAGAAGUCUCCUUCCAACGCCAGCAAAUGAAAGAGAUCCGCAGUGGUUGUGUCACUUACCAUCAGCAUCUGACGAGCCUUAUUAAAGCUUUUGAGGAACUGCUUCAAGCCAGUGAUGUAGAUUAUUAUGUUGCUGAAGGCUUCCGUGAACAACUGAAUCAAAGUGUGCUACUGUUCGGGAAGCUAGAAGGGCAAUUCCUGUAUGGAGAAGCAAUAGGGGCAGAAGUUACUAUACUUGAAUUAGCUCAAAGGGAUAACGAGAAGAACACUGCUAUGUACCAGCAACUGAAGGAGGAGUCACCUGUACCAUCUGCUCUUCAUAGCUUGUCUGACUUUGAUUUGUCAGAAAAGUCAUCUCUUGGCUCACCCGAGCCCAGGCACGACCUGGAAGGACAGCAUGGCACACUGGAGCUUCUGCCAAACAAGUUUCCCCCAGAGUUACUAAUGGAGCAUCUGCAAGAAAUUAGAAUCCUGAGACGACGUUUAGAAUACUCCAUAAAAACUAAUGAGAGACUGAGGAAGCAGCUUGAGAGACAAGUAAUGGACAAAGAACUAGAUCAAGGUUCUGCAAACAUUUUUAACCGUGGUUCAGAGCAGCAUAAUUCCUUGACUUCUGAAAUACAUUUCCUGAGGAAGCAAAAUCAAGUUCUGAAUGAAAGAUCCAGAGAUAAACAGAAGGAAAAUGAAAAGCUGAGAGAAUCUCUUUCUAAAAAGAAUGCAAUCAUUGAGCAUCUUCAUGAGGAUUAUGAAUGUAUCAAGAGAGAAAAUGAAAGGCUGCAAAAACAAAUUGGCCAAAAGGAAGAUGAAACCAGAUAUCUGACAUGUCAAAUUUACAGCAGUCGUAAUGAGUUAAACAGGUUGCAAACAGAAAUUAAUGUAAAGCAACAUCAGUUCUCUGAGAAUGAGAAGUUACUGCAGUCACUCCGAACUGAGAUCAAGGUUUAUGAGAAGCUGGAAGAAGCAAGAAGGAAGAGGACAGAUCCCAGAUGUGAUGCAGCAGAAGAAUUCUGGAAAGAUCAGAAUAAUCCACUUGACUUACACGAGCUGUUGACUGAAAUCCAGAGUUUGCGAGUGCAAUUUGAGAGGAGCAUCGAGACAAACAAGUCUUUGCAUGAAAGACUAGAGGAACAGCUUUCAAAAGACAAGAAAGAGGAAGUGAAAGCAGUGUCAGCUCUAAAUAUCAACUAUCUUUUGAGACAAGAAUCUCAGCAUUAUGCAGGAAUGAACGAAAAUCGGUGCAAAUGCCCUGCUGCCAGCAGAAAGAUUUGUGAGGUACAGAAGCAUGGACAUCGCAUUUCGCUAGUGAAACCAGGUACACACUCAGCCUCUAAAGACGACGUAGACAGCACUUCACACUGCAGUAGCACCUCAUCCUCCAGCACAGCUUGCACCCCUCGCCUCGUGCCCGGGCAUCGGAUGUGGGCAGACAGAAACGGGCGCCACGUUCUUGGCUUGAUUGAGGAUUAUAACGCUCUACGGAAGCAGAUUUCAGAAGGGCAAAAGGUUUUAGCAGAAAUGGAGAUUCCUUUAAGAGAGGUCACUGGUACAAAACUGCAGGAGCCUGGAAUAAAGGUACCAGAGCAGGCAGCACUGCAGAGCUUUUCAGCAAACAUUCACACUUUACAGCAGAUCUUAGAAGAGGCUGCACGUUUACUCAAACUCCUUUGGAGAGUUUCCCUUCCACUGAAAGGUGUACACGGUACCACGCAUGGCACUCAGGAUGAUGGAAUGAAAGCAGAAAUAUUUAGAUUACGGAAGAAACUGUCUGAGCAAGAGAAGAAGUUACACAGCACAGUGAAACGCUUGCACUCCACAAACCAGCUGAAGGAAAACAUGGAGAAAGUCAUCAUUGACCAGUUGGCUUUGACUCAUGAUGUCUUGAAGAAGGCUAGAGGAAACCUGGAAGUCCCACCAGCUGAGAAUCAAAAAUCACCUUCCUAUACCAGCAAGAAAAGGAUUCUCUGAAAGAGAAGAUUCCACUCAUAGAGACUGCUCCUGUGACCUUUGGUUCUUUAUGCCUUACUCUUUGUUGGUGUAAAAACAUUUGUUCAGCUGUUAAUGGAAUCAGCCUUUGACCAAAAAGCCAACAAUAAUCUUUUGGUAAAUAACUUAUUUAAUGCUUUCUGUAAGGUAACAGAUAUCUUUUAAUAUUUAUUAUAGAAAAAAAGGUACUGGAGAAAGUGAAAAAUCCAGAUUUUUUUUU